UCCCCCUCGCUCGACGCGGAAAGCUUUGGCGCGUGGCUCGCUCUCUCACAGAUUGAAUCGCGGCAAACGUCGGUCGACCAAAGCACCAACCGGGGAGUCGUGCAGGAUUAUUUUUGCCGAUUGUUCGAGGUUGCCCUUCACUGCAAAGAGGGAAAAAAUGCCAUUGGGAUUGAUACUAGGGUUGGGAAGGGCAUUUAGGAGGAAGCGUACAUCAUCGCUUGAUAUUCUUUCUUCAAAACGUGCUCCAAGAAAUUACUACAAGGGAAAGAAUUGCAUACCAACUGGGUUUCACACACGCAAAGGUGGAUAUGUUGUGAUGCAGGAGAAACUACCAAACUAUGUAGUUCCUGAUUUGACUGACUUCAAGCUGAAACCUUAUGUGUCUCAAUGCCCAAGAGAAGUCAAAACUACCAAGGGCACCGAUGCAGCUAAAUAGACUAAGAGCCAUAAAAGGGGGCAUCAAUUCUAUCAGCGAGAGUGGACCAUUGUACGAUUGCUGCAAUCCUUGAAGUCAUGGCCAAAAUAUUAUCAGCACACGACGAGUGUCAGCAUGAAAUAAUGGUCACUGUUUCUUUUUCAGAGUGCAUCGUGUUGUUUCGGUAGAGAAAUGCGGUGUCGCUAGAUCGUGAUACCAUUAUGUCUUGUGGUGCUAUGCGUGUCCGCCACUGGAAAAGAUGACGAUGCUGCCAAGGAUGUAGUUAGAACAUCCCAUCGAAAUGCUCUCGCUAGGCAUAUGCAAGUAUCUUUUAUUUUCGAACUUGAGCUGCUUUUCAUGUAAGAGGUAAAAGCACGUCUACAAGAUCGUAGGAAGAGUUGCACUUUAGAAUUUAAACUCGUGGGCUGAGUAUGGAAACCUUAUUUUUGUUCUGAGCGUGGCUUUUCUAGUGUCGUCGUGUGAGCUGAAUGUGACAAGCCUACUUCACUA